AUGCCGGCAUUCGUCGCCAACGAAUCAAUACUUGCAAGUACAAAUCUCUCCCUCAACGCCUCGGCUAAUACUUACAACAAAACGUCAUCCCAUGAUGAAGCAUCCGAUUAUCUUCUUUACCUAAUCAUUCCACUUUAUUCUCUUGUUUUCGUCAUCGGAACCAUUGGUAACAUCCUAGUCAUCUUAACAGUUGUUACUGUCAAACAAAUGCAUAAUACUACAAAUGCACUAAUUCUACAUCUAGCAAUUGCGAAUCUCUCGUUUGUCCUCAUGUGUAUUCCGCAUACGAUCUAUGUUUAUGUUGUUGAAUCUUAUGAUUUUCCUCGACUUCUCUGCAAGACAGCGAAUACCUUGAUGUAUCUGAGUGCAUAUGUUAGCAUCUAUAUUCUUGUUUUGAUGUCUGUCGACCGAUUUCUCGGCGUGGUUUUUGCCGUGAAGUCAACCAGAUAUCGAACUGAACGCAAUGCACAUUUAGCGGUCAUCUUCGUCUGGCUUGUUGGCAUCAUCUUCUCCUCACCUAAUAUGGUUUACUAUGAUGUUCUACUCGCCAGUUCUGUUCAUAAUAUUCGUGUCUGUUUAUUUCGUGAAGAUAAUCCUGUUUUAAACACCACCCGACAUAUAACUGCCUAUUGUUUUACUCUUUUCGGUUUAAUUGUCCCAUUACUUAUCAUUGCAAUCCUCUACGGCUUGAUUAUCAAAGUUCUACGUCAAAAUUCAGCUGGCAAGCAAGUUGCUAAAGGCAAAAAGCGUGUCACAAAGAUGGUCUCAGCUGUUAUCUCAUCCUUUGUCAUCUGUUGGACACCGAUGCAAAUUAACCUGAUGUAUACACAUCAAAAACAAGUGAAUAUCUCCUUCGCAAUCAUCUCACAGAGUCUUGUCUACAUCUCAGCAUGUGUCAAUCCGAUUCUCUACGCAUUUCUCUCAGAACCAUUUCGAAAAACUUUCCAGCAGUUCCUGACAUGCUCGAAAAUCUUAUCAACGAACUUACUGUCCAACCAAGAUGGACCGUCGAACACUGCACGAAAAAGUUCGGCUUAUCGUUUAGUGCAACAGCAAUCACUGACAAGAAAAAGUUCAUCAGCUCCCGCAAAUAAUGAUAUUCAGAAUAGUCAGUCGAAUGUAGAAACAAAAACAACAGAACCUAUUAAAUACCAGCGAUUAUCAAACACACCUCCUAAUCACACGAACAAUUAA